AUGUCUUCAGCUUCUCACACUCCAAAUAUCCGCCAGACAAUCAUCAUGCAGAGUAGUCCAGUCCUCCACACCCAAUUCCUAUCAGAGGUAUUACCCCAACCAACUCUUUCCAUCCCAAGAUUCGAGCAUCACCCCGAUGGCUUCGGACUCAACCAUCGUCGUCCUCGCAUCUCAUGGCGGUUCUCCCAUCCGUCAGAUGCUAAAUCCGAGGCGGUGAAUUCUUGGGUUCAGAGUGCAUAUGAUAUUGAGAUUAGAAGACAAGGCUCUAUGUACACCAACUCGUAUCAUGUUGAGAGCUCAGAGUCAGUGCUCGUGCCCUGGCCCGGGAGAGCUCUAGAUUCCGCAGCAGUCGCAGCAGUACGAGUUAGGAGCUACGGAGGUACAAGCGGUAUCACCGGCUGGUCCCCUUGGGCUACAGCAGAAGCCGCGCUCCUAGAAGAGGGAAGAUGGUCUGCACCGCCGAUUGCGCCCUCCAAGAAGUUCGAGAAGGAAGAUACGACUCUGCGUCCAGUGCGAUUCCGCAAGGCGUUCUCUCUGCCCCAAACAGAUGUCGUUAAAGCUAGACUUUAUAUCACAGCACUUGGUUUGUAUGAGGUUUAUCUCAACGGGACCCGCGUGGGUGAUCACGUCCUCGCCCCUGGCUGGACGAGCUACUCGCAUCGACUCGCAUACCAGAUGUUCGACGUCACGGCUUUGCUCUCGCAAGGAAACAACGUUAUUAGCGCCGAGGUUGGGGAAGGCUGGUAUGCUGGCUUGAUGGGCAUCAGAGGAGGGCAGAGAUUUAACUAUGGCAAUGAACUUGCUUUAUUGCUUCAACUGGAGGUUAUGCUUGAUAACGGCGAAGUGAUUGUUCAAAGGACGGACGGCACCUGGAAAUGCCAUCCAAGUGCUACUAUCACGAGCGAGAUAUAUAACGGAGAACGCUAUGACAUGAGCCAAGAGCAAAGUGGUUGGAAGCUGCCGGAUUUCGACGAUGCUUCCUGGACCUCUGUCAAGCUGUUGCCCAUGCCCUCGGCCGCACUAUUUGCAUCAGAUGCUGAACCAGUUAGGGUCACCCAAGAGGUCAAGCCCGUUUCUAUCAUCACCAGCCCAAGCGGGAAGACGAUUUUUGACUUUGGCCAGAACCUCGUCGGCUUCGUGCGUAUUCGAAAAGUGGCCCCGCGGAGCGAGGUGUCCAUAGUGCAUGCCGAAGUACUCGUCGACGGAGAAAUGGGCAUGCGACCUUUACGUGCGGCUAAAUGUACAGAUACUGUCGUGACGUCUGAUACCGCGCUUCUCGGCUGGUGCCCGAAGUUCACAUAUCACGGCUUCCGCUACAUGCAGCUGAGUGGGUGGCCAGAGGGGGAAGAACCGUCAAUAGAAGACUUCACCGCACUAGUGAUACACACCGACAUGAGGCGUAGGGGUUGGUUCAAGUGCUCGAACCCGCUAGUAAAUAAAUUGCAUGACAAUAUCGUGUGGGGCAUGCGUGGAAACUUUGUCAGCGUUCCGACAGAUUGUCCUCAGCGGGACGAAAGGUUGGGGUGGACCGGCGAUAUACAGGUGUUUGGCCCUACGGCGAGUUUCUUAUACGAUACCAUGGGCAUACUCGGGAGUUGGCUUGAGGAUCUCUCUGCGGAGCAGAUGGCGCACGAAGAGAAAAUUCCACCCCUUGUCUGUCCUGACGUUAUGGCGGAUUUCUGGACACCAACACCCCAGGCGGUAUGGCAUGAUGUUACGAUCCUCACACCAUGGGAUCUCUACCAAUCUUCUAGUGACCUCGAAGUGCUUCGCAGGCAGUAUCCCAGCAUGGUCGCAUGGCUAGACACCGCCAUCCGCCGCGGCACCGAUCGCCUCUGGGACAUUAACAUCUGGCAGCUCGGCGAUUGGGUCGAUCCAGCUGCACCGCCAUCUGAGCCAGGAAACGGACGGACGGACGGUGUGCUCGUGGCCGACGCCUACCUCGUUCACAUCACAACGACGAUGUCGCGGGUAUGCUCCGCCCUUGGCCUCGAGGUCGAGAGCAAGCUCUACGCCUUGGACGCCAUAGUGCUAAAAGGCGCCUUCCGCGACAAAUACAUCACACCCCUCGGAAACCUCGCCAACUUUACACAGGCGGCUAUCGCGCUUGCCGUCCAAUUUGACCUCUACCCGGGUCUUGCGCAGCUUGCGACCGCGCGCCAGAGUCUUGUGCGCCUUGUGCACAAGGCACAUUACCACGUCUCGACCGGGUUUGCAGGAACGCCCGCUAUUCUGCCCGCGCUGACCAAGGUAGGUGAGGCUCCCCUGGCGUACCGGAUGCUGAUGGAGAGGCACUGCCCGUCAUGGCUGUACCCCGUGACAAUGGGUGCGACGACGGUAUGGGAGCGAUGGGACGCACUACUGCCCGAUGGCAGCUUGAACCCGGGGCAGAUGCUCAGCUUCAACCAUUACGCGCUGGGUGCCGUGGCGGCGUGGUUGCAUAGCACUGUGGGUGGCAUCAGCUCUGUUGAUGGAUGGCGGACGGUUGUCGUGAGGCCUAUCCCUGGUGGCCGUAUAGAUCAGGCGGAAACACAGUUUGAUGGGCCAUAUGGCAGGGUGGAGUGUAAGUGGACAGUUGAGGAAGAUAAGUUUAAGAUGGAUCUUCUAGUGCCGCCAAACUCAAGGGCGCAAGUUACACUUCCUGCCGCGCAGAGGGCCGGGGAAGAGAAGACUGUUGCGGUGGGAUCAGGAAGCCAUGUAUUCGAGUGCUCGUACGAGGCUGACGAGUGGCCGCCUCGAGCAACGUUAGGAUCUUAUUCCGGUCCUAGAGGGACGGUCUGUGGCUGUUCCUGA